AUGACAGAAGAUAUUAAACCAUCAUACACAUUAGAACAAGUAUCAAAGCACAAUACUAUUGACGAUUGUUGGAUUGUCAUUGACGGUAAAGUGUACGAUUGCACCAAGUUUGCCGAUGAUCACCCAGGAGGAGCAGAGACCAUUGUCGAUGUAGCAGGACAAGACGCUACCAAUGAUUUUGUAGAUACUGGUCACUCUGAAAAGGCUGUAGAAAUGUUAAAAGAUCUAUACAUUGGUGAAUGUUCAGAUUCUAUAGGAUUGGUGAUUUCAUCUUUAUAG